UGGAGGGAGCAGAAGGAAGACAAUGCUAGUUUUAAGUCAAGCGUGACCGAUCGCGUGACACGGCGUAAGUAUCCAAGAAUAGAGGAGCCUACCCACAAGUUUCAAGCUACUAUUAUUUCCCGUGAACCCAGCGCCGUUCGUUCAAAGCCGAACAGCUUACAGUAAUGGAGUGGUGAAGAGGGAAGGAAGAAAGACGAUGAAGGAGGAAGAGAGUUGUACUCCGAGGCUGUCUGUUUUGUCGAAUCCAUGGGAAGUGGAAGCAGACGCAGACGCAGAGGCGCAGGGGAUGAAGACUCCACCAUUAAUACCCCCACACUCCAUAGCAAUUCCCUUCAAGUGGGAAGAAAUUCCAGGGAAACCCAUUCAGCCUCCUCGCAACCAGACCCUCACCCACUCCAAGUCACUCCAUCUGCCUCCCAGACUUCAGCCUCUCCAAGUACACUCCACUUCCAUUCGCAGGUCUUCUUCCCUUUCCUAUUCCUCUACCCCUCCUCCUCCUCCUCCUCCUCCCCUCUGCAUCAUCCACCAUUGGCCUCCCACUACUGAGGAAUUGCUCGCAAAACCUUGCUCACUUUCUUAUUCCAGUCCGAGUCCCACCCUCGGGAAAAAAGGGAUCUUGAUUAGAAUGAAAAGGACUUCUGCAUUAUUUGCAGCAAUCUUGAAUAGAAUAAGGAUAUCGCUGAAGAAAGGAAGAUAGGCAAUGUUUGAACGAGGGGAAGCUUGGCUUACCCAGUACCCAGUCACUAUCUUUUGGCCAUGGUUGGCAUUUGUCUUUGUUGUAUUUAUCUGGCAUCUGGAAAGGCCAUUCGCACAUUAAUAGAAUUUUCUGGCACUCUUCAAAUAGCAUCCAACCGGUGGAUUUCUUAAUUUUUGUGCGAUAUCAAAUGCUUAAUUUGAGUAAAUUUGAAGAACACGAGGUGAUCAUUUUAAUAAUAGAACUACAAGCACUGCUAUACAUAUCUCACUAGGAGGUGCAAGCCAUGAAUGCAGUUCACUCUUUGUUUCUUCCUUCA